AUGAUACCGGCGAACAGCUUGAGGUCUUUGAGAGGGUCUUAUCCCGGCUCCAGGAUGUUCACGAACACAUGCAGGAAACAACCUAUCUUCUCCAGACUUCUGUUGAUCAGAAGAGAACUUAGUACUUCAUAUUCGACACCCAAAAGGGCCAAUUUUGGUGGCAUAUUAUUCGCUGUUGGUGGAUUUGGAAUCUCUUCAAGUGUAAUCUACUACAAUUAUAAAAAUAUAAUUCUUAAUGACAUUGCUGUAGAUGUUCCUCAUCGAGCAAUCGAUGCCAGUAUUCAUGAGCUUCAGCCUACACCUGGAGCAGAAACUUUUGAAAUGGGGUUGUAUGAGGCAUCUCAAAAUGAAGAGGUUGAUCAGCAAAGAGAGUAUAGACGCUAUAAGCUUCAAAAGGGGUUUUUCUUGAAGAAAUUAUACUACAGAAUCAAGUUUGCAAUGUAUGACUAUCUUUUAGAUCCGAGUAUUACCUUUUGCAGAUUUCUUGAGCUUUCACUCAUUUUCUUGCCUGUAUUAUUUAUAGCACCAAUAUGUUGGUUUGGUAAGAAGGAUAAGAAGACUAAUAUAAGAGGAGGAGCUAAGAUUUGGUUCAAGUACUUGAGAUGGUCUGCUGAAUCCGCUGGCGCUUCUUUCAUUAAGUUGGGCCAAUGGGCAGCUUCUAGAACAGACAUAUUUCCUAAAGAGAUGUGUGAUGAAUUGGGCAACUUACAUUCGAAUGCAAAGAAACAUCUGUUAAGUGAAACGAAAAGAAUUGUUUCCAGAAGUUUUGGAAUGCCCUUCGAAGAAAUAUUCGAAGAGUUUAACGAGAAGCCUUUAGGGGUUGGGGCCAUUGCGCAAGUGUACAUUGCCAAGCUAUCUAACAAAGUAUUGCAGAAUUAUGAAAAGAAAGGGGACUUGGAAAAUAAAGUGUUAAAGUCAUCGUCUAAAAUUGACGAUGACCCGGCUCAGCAGUUACUAGAUAAGAUCAUGGUUACUGAACACUCCAAUCCAUUGACAUCGAAUCAAUACGUAGCUAUCAAGGUUUUGCACCCUAAAGUCGAAGUAAAAAUCAAUAGAGAUCUUCGUAUUAUGAGUUUCUUUGCUUCGACAAUCAAUUUGAUCCCCACAAUGGAGUGGCUUUCGUUGCCAGAUGAAGUCGAACAAUUUUCCAUGCUUAUGAGGUUACAAUUGGAUCUCAGAAUCGAAAGUUUAAACUUGGCCAAAUUUAGGGAGAAUUUUAAGAACAGAUUAGACAUCCAUUUCCCCAAGCCGUAUAUCAAUUUUACCACAAGAGAGGUGUUAGUUGAAGAGUUUAUGCAUGCCAUUCCGAUGAGCAAAUUGUUAUCUUUAGAUGCAAAUUAUGGUAAGAAUCUUUCCAAGGAAGUUUCUGAUAAAGGUUUAGAUGCCUUCUUGAAAAUGCUUAUUUUGGACAAUUUCGUUCAUGCAGAUUUACAUCCUGGUAACAUGAUGGUCAGAUUCUAUAAAAAUGAACAUUAUAAGCAUGAAAAGGAAUAUAAAAUUGUUAAAUCUAGUAACGAGAAGGAUAUCAAUAAGAUAACGAACGAAUUAUUAGAUCUUGGGGAUGACAACGACGCUUGGUGUAAAAGAUUAUCUCAACUUUACGAAGAAGGUUAUCACGCAGAAAUAUGCUUUCUUGACGUAGGAUUGAUAACAGAAUUGAAUCACACUGACAGAGUGAAUUUCAUCGAUCUUUUCAAAUCUUUGAGUGAGUUUGAUGGUUACAAGGCAGGAGAAUUAAUGAUUGAAAGAUCAAGGACGCCUGAAACUGCAAUUAACAAGGAAAUCUUUGCUUUGAAAGUUGAAAAAUUGGUUGACCGUAUGAAGGAGAGAACAUUUACUUUGGGGAACAUCAGUAUAGGAGAUUUGUUAGAUCAGGUGCUUGGAAUGGUUAGAAACCACCAUGUUAGAAUGGAAGGAGACUUUAUUACCGUCAUUGUUGCAAUUUUAUUGUUGGAAGGAAUUGGAAGACAACUUGAUCCCGAGUUAGAUUUAUUUGCAAGGUUCGUAUAUGCUUUUCUCUUUGGAUUUCCAACUGAAGCAGACUUGAGUUUUAUUUUCGUUUGA